AUGAUAAAUAGCUGUCACAUCCGAAUUGCGCUACACAGUAAGAUUGACUCACAACCCGACUCUAUCGAUACAUUCAUCCCGAAGGCCUUCUUUCAACGCUUACCAUUACAUCGGCCCAAAUCAACUGCCAGGAGGAACGCUUUAUUCAACCCAGCUCACAAGGAUUACAGAUUUGGUCAAAUAAGACUCGAUUGGAUUGAUUUCGAGAGUAAGAGUUCUACUAUGUACGCUGGCAAAGAGAAGGAACCAGGGCGAGGUCCCUCGACAGCAGAGUUCAUACCUAAUACGACAACGAAGUCUGGUUCGACGAAUUUGCCCGAGGGCACGGUUCACGUGUACCGCCAGUGUAACGAACGGCGACAGAACGGUGUGGAUGAGUCUAAUGGACCAUCUACCGCAAUUACAAGCGAGACCACUCCAGAAGAUGGCUUCAUGCUUGGUGUAUUGGCAGUUCCUGCUUGGAUGACACCUUCGGACUUCCUAGCUUUUGUGGCGCCCGCUGCGGAGGGUAUGGCUCACCUUCGUCUUAUCCGAGAUUCUUCCCCGAAUCGUUCUAUCGCCGUCAUCAAGUUUCGGGAAGCCGAUCAAUCAAUUGAAUUUGCAGAAGCAUUCAACGGCAAACCGUUCAAUUCUAUGGACCCUGAGACGUGUCAUAUUGUCCGUGUUCUAUCUGUCGAGAUAGAUCCCGACUCCUCUCCUUCCCCCUCUACCGUUGCACGAGUGCCUCAGUCAGUCUAUGAACUGCCGACUUGCCCCGUAUGUCUGGAAAGGAUGGAUUCGGCUAUUACUGGUCUCAUCACAGUCCCUUGCUCACAUACAUUCCACUGCAUGUGUCUCAGUAAAUGGGGCGACAGUCGAUGUCCCGUCUGUCGCUAUUCGCAGACUCUUCUCUCCUCACAUCCCACCUCGUCCACCUCGCGUUCACGACCCAUUCCAUUUGCAAAUACUGCUACCCCCUCCCUUUCUACGUGCGCUGACUGUUCCUCCACCACAAACUUGUGGAUCUGCCUGAUAUGCGGCAAUAUUGGCUGCGGGCGCUACGGCCGUGCUCACGCACAUGCUCAUUACGAGAAGACAACCCAUCUCUAUGCCCUCGAACUUGAAACGCAACGUGUCUGGGACUACGCGGGCGAUGGCUACGUGCACCGCCUCAUUCAGAACAAAGCGGAUGGCAAACUUGUCGAGCUUCCUUCCGCUGCAUCCUCGAUGGGCGUCAACUCUCGAGACGAUGGCACGUUGGGUCCAAGUCAUGCAGAUUCGCUCAGCGCGGAGAAGAUCGAGGCGAUUGGAAUCGAGUACUCCUAUCUGCUUACGUCGCAGUUGGAUUCGCAGCGUUCGUUUUACGAGGAUCAAACAACUGAGUUGAAGACACAGGUGAACGAGCUACGAAACUUGGUAGAAAAGCUAGGUCGAGACCUAGAAAAGGACAGGGCGGAAGCGAAGGAACGUGAAGCACAACGGCGUCAGGAAGAGGAAGAGAAACUAAACGAGGUGUACAAGGACAAGCUCAAGGCAGAGAAGAAAGCGGAACGCAUUGCAGAGCUUGCGAGGAAGUUUGAAAAAGAAUUGAAGGAAGAGAAGGCCGUCAGCGAGGGCCUUUUGAGGAAUCUAACCAAAAUGAAGGAGACGAGUGCACAAUCGGAGACGCAGCGUCAAGAGUAUCAGGCCAAAAUCGCUGAGCUCCAGGAUCAGGUCAGGGACGUCAUGUUCUUCUUGGAAGCUCGGGCGAAGAUCGAGCAGGAGGACGGCGCAGGGGCCGAAGCCGCUGGAGGCACUGUUGAAUUACCGCCUACCUCUGGCGCAAGUACUGGCACGGGGAAUAGAAAGAGAAAGGCAAAGAAGGGCUGA